AUGUCGCCACACAAUUUUAACUUUGAGUAUCCCGAGCAAGCCUCUCUGAGCGAGAUCAACGGCUUCCCUGACGACAUGACAUUCGGCACGUACGAUUGCUAUGCACAAAAUGCCCGCUCUUCAACAACAUCUUUGGACCCUGAACAGCAACCGGGGUUUCUUGACACGGAAGUAGACCUUCAGAUGCAAAUAUUCAUCGGGAUGAUGUCCGGAUCAAACUCACCAACGAACGGCCUAUCCGCAACGCCCUCCUUCGACCGACAAUUACUCGACACUGUGGCAUCCCGCUCAGUCAGUCCCGCUCGUGCCCACCGUCGGUAUACUCCGUACCCUGCCUCCAAUCCUGCCCUCUCUCGUCACACGUCCCUCUCUCCUUCGCUCCACCAUGUCCAAAGCAACGAUUUUUUCGCGGCAGGGAAAGCCGGUCCAUCGAACGUCGCUUUCUCGUUUCCCGACCAACCAUCUCCUUCCCUUCAGCAUUGCAAAGCCGCAAUAUAUCCUCCUAUGGCAUAUUGGACAGGUUCGAACACGGCAGAUAUGGCACAAUAUUUGGACACACACACCAAGAACACUUUGACUUGGACCGGUUCCCUUCCCGUCCGCUAUGCACGGCAUACUGUGCGUCGUCAGUACAUCCCAGAUGCUUAUGCCACAGGACUCAUGCCUACCUUGCGGCACCCAUCUUAUUCCCAACAGCCACCAAGUUUGUUACCAUCAGUCCAAAACACGAACCCAGGCCCAUCGCAUCGGAGCAAUUACUCACUGAGCAUACAAUCGAUUCCUAACGGUGUACCCCCCGCUUUCUACUCGUCUCUCGAACCUUCGAUCUCGACCCCCUCUCACACGAUCCCUUUCACCGAAUCCUCUCCCGUUAUCCCUCGUGUCCACUAUUUCGCAGCGGCUCCUUCGGAGGACUCGAAACCUCUUGCCGUGUCCCGCCGUGUACAACCUACCAGAUCAGGGAAGAGACGAGCACCAGCGGAAGAAGAGGACAAGAGACCAAGAGCCAAGAGGAGGAUGACGAGAUCCUUACAUCCAGAGCACAGCUCUGCGAUAUCCCAGGUUGGUUGUACCCCUGCGGGGGUCCAAUCACCACCAAGUGAUACAUUUGCCACAGAAGAGCCAGAGGACGACCUCCAGUCCCUGGCUGCGCCAAACCAUGUAACCCAUGGGGCGGCUGGACCGUCAGUGGCCUCUACCAGCUUCAAACCAGAGCGAACGUCGGAAGGUCGAUAUCUUUGUUUCGUCCCCGGCUGCCAAGAGACAUGCACGAGCCUAGACGAUGUGAGGAGACACAUCGGCACCGUUAAAGCCCAUGCCAGCUUCCGGGAGUUGGCCGGAUGGGACGCAUUCAUGCUGAAGUAUGAUAUAAAGGAAAGGCAUCUGAACAGUUACUGCAAGGUUUGCGGGAGUUCGAAGCGGACCGACACCAAGGCGCGCCACGACAAAACCCCGAAGCACAUCGAUAACCAGGCGCGCGCUGCUGCUAGGAAGAGCAGGCGGAGUGAAGAUACGUCCAAACAUCCUGCAUGGCUUCGAAACUUCUUUGUAAUAGUAGAGUUGUUGAACACUCCGUAUUGUGAUGGUGAUGCAACGAAACCUAUCAUAAGUAGCUCUGUUAGCUUGUGCCACGACAUGCAAUCAGAAUACCCUGGCUCUGCAAUGCCCCGGAACGACUCUAACAUUCCCCGCAGGCUACAAGCCUCAACGACUCCUCAAGGCCUCAUGCCCUAG